AUGGUUGAACCAUCAGCGAUUUUAUUUGCCGCUGUCGAUGAGUGCCAAACUGUCGAUGAGUGCUUCAAGAUUCUUAGCCGAGGUGAUGCAUCGCUCUGCCAAACCAGAGGACACAAAAAUGGGUUGAACGGUUUCUGCGAGGUGCGAUGGCGCAAUAUCGAUCAGAAGGUUUUGAUCUUGCACUACCUCGCUUCUGAAAAG